AUGGGGCCUUCCACCCAUCUCAUUUGCGCUCUAGGAGUUAUCAUCAUGGCAACAAUGGUUGCUGCCUAUGAACCAUACACAGAUAGUUCUCCACCACCAUUGUAUUCUUCACCGCUUCCUAAGGUUGAAUACAAGACUCCCCCACUACCAUAUGUCGACAGUUCUCCACCACCCCCAUACUACUCGCCUUCCCCUAAGGUAGAUUACAAGUCUCCUCCACCACCAUAUGUCUACAGUUCCCCACCACCACCUUAUUACUCUCCUUCUCCAAAGGUUGAGUACAAGUCUCCUCCACCACCAUAUGUUUACAAAUCUCCACCUCCACCAUCGUAUUCACCUUCUCCAAAAUCUGAGUACUAA